UUUAUCUUAAAUGAAUGUAGCUAUGCGUGAGAUACCAUUACUGUGGUUGGGCAUCGCUAUCACCGUUGUCUUCAUUCAAACAGCUGAAGCUCAAGUGUCACCAGUGGCUAGUUUCAAUGACCUGAGAUGUGCUGGGGAGUCAUGUUGGUAAAAGAGACUUCCACUCCCUCUCAAGAGGGUAGAGUUACUCUGGCAGCAACCGAAGUACUUUCAGUGACAGUACAAGUGAAGAGAAGAGAGUCAUUAGAGCAUACCAUCUU